UGGUAAUGUAUGUGUAGUGCUGAAAUUGAAUUAGACAACGCCCAAAAUGUAAGGCCUGUAGCAUUGGCUGGCUAUAGUCCGAGUAAACAGGCAGUGAACAGACAGCGACAACAUGUUAUGUAAUGAGAACAGCAGUAGCCUGUGACUGAGGAAGCAUACAAAUGAACCUCCACAUAUUGGGUUACACGGGCCAGCCGUGAGCCCAUUCCUCACUUGAUCAAAAGAAGCUUCGACAAGCAACACCAAGGAGAGCAAAGUACACACCCAGAAGAGGCAGGAUAAAGAGCUUCCCUUCUAAAGCAAGUCAGUCAGCUUGCCUCUUCACUUCAGUCCAUUCCACCAUGUUUGCUUCAAUCCUCCUGCUUGGUUUGUGCGUUGUUUUCAUCAUUGUUCAACUCAAAUCCCGGAGGCCCAAGAACUUUCCUCCAGGACCCGCUCCCCUGCCAAUACUGGGGAACAUUUUGCACCUAAGCCUAGAGAACCCCCUGAAGGACUUUGAGAGGCUGAGGAAGUCUUAUGGAAAUGUCUACAGUGUGUUCCUCGGUCCCAAAGCAGCUGUUGUCAUCAACGGGCUAAAGGCCAUGAAGGAGGCUAUAGUGACCAAGGGCAGUGAUUUUGCUGGAAGACCCCAAGACCUGUUUAUAAAUGAGACCACCAGGAGGAAAGGGGUGAUUCUGGCAGAUUAUGGCACUAGUUGGAAAGAGCAUCGUCGCUUUGCUCUGAUGACCUUGAAGAACUUUGGUCUGGGGAAGAAUUCCAUGGAGGAGAGGAUUCAUGGAGAGAUACAAUACAUCAUUGAUGCACUGGAAAAGAGCAUUGGCCAAACCAUAAGUCCUCAGCUUAUGUUUCAUAAUGCGGCCUCCAACAUCAUCUGCCAGGUUCUGUUUGGUAAACGCUACGAGUAUGAAGAUGAGUUCAUCAAAGUGAUUGUUCAAUGCUUUACUGAGAAUGCCAAGAUAGCCAAUGGACCAUGGGCUAUGUUGUACGACUCUUUUCCCAUAAUUCGUAGCCUGCCGCUGCCCUUCAACAAGGCCUUUAAGAAUGUUGAGACGUGUCAGAAACUUGCCAUUAAUUUGGUGAACGAGCACAAGAAUACCAGAGUCCCUGGAGAGCCACGAGACUUUGUUGACUGCUACCUGGAUCGGAUGGAUAAGGAAAAGGAAGAUGGUUCUACCUUUUCAGAAGCACAACUGACUAUGUAUGCUCUAGAUCUUCACUUUGCUGGGACUGACACUACCUCAAACACCAUUCUUACUGGUUUCCUUUACCUAAUGACCUACCCACACAUACAAGAGCGUUGUCAACAGGAGAUAGACGAGGUGUUGGAAGGGAAGGCUCAGGCCAGUUUUGAUGACAGACUCAACAUGCCUUACAUGCAGGCUGUGAUCCACGAAGUGCAGAGGAUAGCCAACACUGUACCACUCAGCGUCUUCCACUGUACGACUAAAGACACAGAGCUCAUGGGAUAUUCCAUUCCCAGGGGUACGCUGAUUAUCCCGAACCUGACCUCGGUGCUUAAUGAGGAGGGACAAUGGAAAGCCCCCAAUGAAUUCAACCCUGAAAACUUCCUCAAUGACCAGGGAGCGUUUGUUAAACCAGAGGCCUUCAUGCCUUUCUCUGCAGGUCCUCGUAUGUGUCUGGGAGAGGGUCUGGCUCGUAUGGAGCUCUUUCUCAUCCUGGUGACAUUGCUGAGGAAGUUUAAAUUCAUCUGGCCUGAGGAUGCAGGAGAGCCAGACUACAAUCCAGUCUAUGGGGUCACACUGACUCCUAAACCUUAUCAUAUGAAGAUCCAACUCAGGGCAGCGCAGUAAGGCUGUCUGCACAGACACACAGCAGAAACAGUUGAGAUUGUCCUAGAUUAGAAUAAGCAGCUAUUAACUACUGGGAACAAAUACGAUGAAAACAAUACAGGACUUUUUCUACUCUCCUAAUGGCACAACUAAUAACUACUAAACUAUUAAAGCAGAAAAGUAAAUUAUGAAUAAAUGAGUACAAUGAAGGCAACGACGAACAAUUUAUGAAUGACUGAUAUCUUUGUUAGAGGUUUACCCAUUAAACUCAAAUCAUUAAGCUAACAUCAACUCAUAAAAACACAUGAAAGUGUAUUGUUUCAUCUGCCGGUUCUGAUGGACAGAUAAGAAUGAGUGGUAGCAGGUUCUGUUUGGACCUCCAUUUUGAACGGCGUCCCUCUCACCAAUAGAACUGGAAUUUUGGUUAGUAUCUUGUGUUAGCGGCUAACAGUAACUAUACCUCCCAGCGUCAGGGAGGACACAUUCCCACCUGUAUUCAAAGCACACUUUGGUGUCAAUCUGAAUGAGACAGCCUUGUAACGCCACAACCAACUCAAAUGAACAAUGCAGUAUAAAACGUGCAUGGAGUACGUCCCUCCGUCCAUGUUGGCUGCAAAGCGGCUAGUUAGCUACGCUAGCGUCUUUAGCAUGGAGGUUGAGUGGUAGCCCACACUCCCAGAUAAUUCCUGGUACGAGAAACGACUCUUGGGGCCGAUAAUUACAGUUUGUAUUUCAGUGACUGUCUGGAAAAUAAAGUGUCAUUCAUGGUGCUUGCAAUAAAUUGUUACUUCAAUAUUUCUAGCGUCAGGGGACUACAAAUGUGACUUAGCUUAAAGCUAUAAACUGGUACCUUGCUAAAUGGUGUCAUUCAUGUUUUAAACUGUAGCCUACAUUGUUCCUUUUAAAUAAAUAAGUAAAGUCUCUCUAUGUAUAUUUUAUCAAUCAUUUAGCCUGUCGUAUAUUUAUUAAUGUUACUUUUUGUGGCUUUAAACCACCGAUAGGGCGAUCGCUGGUAUUGCUCUUUGCUGACUUAUGUCACUCUGUGUGGUGGUAACCAUAGCAACCGGUAAGCACUUUUCAUUACACUAUUCAACAUUUUACACAGACACCUACUGAAAUCCCUUUUAUUACUUGAUCAAAAAUGAUUAUGUGUGUGUAUAAAACCUCUGGUUUGUCUCGGGCCUCACACAGGAUGCACCAAAAUUGUAGUGUGAAUUGCUUGUUGCAGAUCUUUUAAUUAAUACCAAAACAUAUAGUUAUAACUCAAAAUGAUGUAUUAUAAACACAUGAAUGGUGAAAAAAGUGAAGGAGCUCAACCUAGACUAUCAAAAACAUUAAGUUUUAUCUCAAGUAACAGAAUGUAAUACCUCGGAACAUCACUCAUCAUAAAGAAGGAUUGAUAAUCAUGAUUAUUGUAGUCUCAUAAUUUAAAGGCUACUACAGAGUUCUGGCCCAGUGUACAUUGACCUGAUUGUUCAUACACACAAAUCACAGGAUCAUCUUCAUAAAUGAAAUGUUUAUUGAACUAAUACCUACUAGACUAAACUAUUAAAACGGAAAGAUAAAUAGUGAAUAAACGAGUACAAUGAAUUCAACGAUGAACAAUUUAUGAAUGAAAGCGGACCAAGUGUGACCAGGUAGAAUCAGCGACUGGUAUCUGUGUUAGAGGUUUACCCUUUAAACUGAAUUUUAAUAGAUUAAUGCACCGUUUGCACCACCAGUUGAGAAUUUAAAAAGCACCUAAGAUUGUGAAGCAAUCUAAGUAUGGAUUUCUAAUUUUUGGGAGAUCUUUGAUUUGGUCUUCCUCUCGGGUAGCCUCUCUUUGCCUCUGGUUCCGAAGAACGUAGAAAGUAGGGGGAGGAGAGUUGACACCUUAACAAACACUAAUUUCAUUCAUCAAACUUGUGUUAAAGCACAACUUCCUAUUAUUAAAACAUAUUAGCCCAGCAUAACAUAUCAAUUAAAGUACAUUUUAUUUUGCAUUUAACAUCAGUUUCUUUGUGUCAAGUUAGGUAUGUCUCUGUGAGUCUGGUCCUUAUCUCUGGUCAAGAAUGUGUGAUGGCCAUAAAAGGGGCUUGGGCAGUUUCUGCUGGUCUGUCAUAUUUACAGAUAUCAGAAUAUUCUGUAAUAAUGUAUAAUUGUAGUCACCAAUAUGUAGUCACCAAUAUCGGCUACACAAGAAACCUGAGUUUGUGUUCUAUUUCAAACCAACUGUUUAAAAAAAAAAAAAAGCAUUACCACCAUUCUCUCAAGCUCCUUACCCCUUGGGUUUAUUAUUGACACUAUAACGACGAA